UGACUUUUGAAUGCUAAGCAACCCAGUUUUUAAAUGCAUUUUUGUUAUAUGAAUGACCAUUUGUGUGCAGUCCCUUAAUAGAGAACUUGCUGCUUGUUUUACUUUGUCUGGGACACGAACAAAACUUCCACCAUAACAAGAAAAGAGGAAGUGAAAGAGAAGCACUUCUUCAAAUGAAAUGGUACUUCUGUCCCAGAACCAGAGUUUAGUUUUACUUCAGCAACCGGUGGAUUUUAUGUCUGCUGUAUAUAUAUUCUUGAUUAACAUUAAAAAGAUUAACUCAUAGUGACUUCAGGCAAGGUCACGUGUUUUUUAAGGCUGUAUUUAAAGGAACAUAAAGGAUCAAUACGCGGCAUACACGAUGACGGUCGCAUGUUGGAUGCACUUGCUGCUGUCCUAUCUGUGUUGCCAAUAUAAGAUCCAGCCCGCUGAAAGCAAACCUGAGUGGAUGACACUGCAGUUCUCUUGUGAUGUCACAGCCGACAAUAACUCUAAUGUCCUAUUUGACUGUGGAGGCCGUGGACUGACAGAAGUACCUGAUGGGAUAACCAACAAUGCAACUCAUCUCAUCUUAUCAGACAAUUCCAUUCUGGAUAUUUGGAAUGACUCAUUAUCCAACUUGCUGAAUCUGACCCAACUUGAUCUCAGCAGAGCAAACAUUGACAAACCGGUGAUCAUCAAUGUGAAUGCUUUCAAAAAUCUGACAAAACUGCGUGAACUGAAACUGAGUGGCACUGGUCUGAAGGAAAUUCCUGCUAAUCUUCCUCCCAGUUUGGAAAUCAUUGAGCUGAACAGUAACAACAUUAUGUUGUUGAAUGGGAAAUUUGAUUGCUUAGCUAAUAUUAAACAGUUAGUGUUAGCCAAAAACUGCUACUACAGCAAUCCUUGUAAGACAUCUGUUAACAUGGAAAACCGUUUGGAAGUAAUGAGCAAACUGAAGCAUUUGGACUUGUCUCAUAACAACUUAACUGAAGUUCCCAAAGGUUUCCCACCGUCAUUAGGCGUGUUGAAGCUGGAUAAUAACAGAAUAAAUCACAUCCCUGGUUUUCUUAUGCUUCCAAAUGUAACAGUCCUGAAAUUAGAAGGGAACUGUCCAAGAUGUGAAAACGCUCCACAUCCCUGUGUCACCUGUCCAAACAAGUCUCUUGAUAUUGAUCCUAAUGCAUUUCAAUAUCUAACCCAGCUGAAGAUACUGAAUAUGGGAGGAAACUCACUGACACACCUGGAUCCUUCCUGGUUUAAGAGUCUGAACAAACUUAAACAAUUGUUCCUGUCUUUUAACUUCUUAUUUAAGGCAAUUACUGAGGAGGCAACAUUUCUGAGACAUCUUCCUAAGCUAGAGAGACUUGAUAUCUCUUUCAACUAUGGUAUCAAGUUAUACCCUACACAAUUAAAUCUCUCAGAAGAGUUUUCACAUCUUAAGUCCCUUAAAGUUUUUCAUUUGCAGGGAUUGGUCUUCCAGAGUAUUGGACCGGAGACGCUCAGACCUCUGUACCAACUCAAAAAUCUCUCUACCAUGAACUUAGGGACAAACUUUAUUAUCCACUCCGAUUCCACUGUAUUUCACAAAUUCCACAACCUGAAAGUGAUGUACCUCGCAGAAAACAAGCUUUUUCCCACUCCAGAUAGAAAUCGGCUUGAUUCAUCAUACGGUGGUUACAAUCAGAGGUCCGAACUUUCUAUUCCUCCGCUCACAAUUCCUCUUCCGGAUGAUUAUGUUUAUGAGCAUGUGAAGAGCCUUGUCAAGGAAGACUGUUUUAACUCUGGACGAGUGCUAUCUCUCAGCUCAAAUAAUAUGUUCUUCAUUUCUCCAAAGCAGUUUGUUGGCUAUGAAGACAUUGCAUGUCUUAACCUCUCAAAAAAUGGAUUUUCAGCAGCACCUAAUGGUACAGAGUUUUCACCACUGCAGAAUCUAACAUACCUGGACCUGUCAUUCAAUAGGAUUGAUUUGGCCUAUAGCGGAGCCUUCAGUGAACUAAAGAAACUACAAGUGCUAGACCUUAGUCACAAUGAACACUACUUUGAAGCGUACGGGGUAACACUUAAUUUAAAUUUCACACAAAAUCUUCCUGCUCUGAGGGUGCUGAAUAUGAGUUAUAACUCCAUUUCCAUUUUAACCACCAAACAGAUGUACAGCCGUUCAUUAACAGAACUUCAGUUUACAGAUAAUCUUCUGGGGACCCUUUGGAAAGAAACAGAUCUCUCAUAUAAGAGCAUUUUUACUAAUCUUAUUAAUUUGACAAUUUUAGACAUAUCCAGCAACCACAUUUCAACGAUUCCAGACUAUGUUUAUGAAUAUUUGCCGCGUAACCUCACAAUACUACGCAUAAGUCACAACUUGCUUACUGAUUUUAAAUGGGACAGACUCAAGUUUUUCCAUCAACUUCAGAUUUUGGACCUGAGCUUCAAUUCUCUACCUAAUGUGACACUUAUAAACUCAAACGUAACCCGCACUUUGACUUUCCUUGACCUGAGUCAUAAUUACAUUUUCCACUUGGACAGUGGAUUUGUAAAUGGUGUAAAACAGCUUACAGCUCUUAGCCUAAGCUACAACAAACUGACUAUUAUCAAUCAAUCCACCUUCCCAUCGAGAUCUGAAUCUCAGCUUCACACUUUGUUCUUGCAAGGCAACCCGUUCCAAUGUACCUGCGAUGCACUUGAUUUCAUUAUUUGGAUGGAAAACAGUAAUGUAAAGAUUCCUAGACUAAUCACUGAUGUGACAUGUGACACACCAGCAGAUCAAAAAGAUAACGUUCUGAUCAAAUUUGACAUUAGGGAGUGUAUAGAUGACAGUCAGGCGUUCUUGAUUUACAUCCUCACAAGUUCAUUAAUUAUUGUUUUUAUGUUUGUGGCAACAGUUUCCCACUUUUUUUACUGGGAUGCUUCCUACGUGAUGCACUAUAUGAAAGCUAAGAUAAAAGGAUACAGAGCCUUUAACUCACCAGGCGCCAUUUAUGAUGUCUUUGUGACUUACGACACCACAGAUCCACAUGUCACUGAAUGGGUGAUGAGGAAUCUGCGAGUGAAACUGGAAGAGGAAGGAGAGAAGCAUCUUCCUCUGUGUCUUGAGGAGAGAGAUUGGACCCCCGGCGCCCCCCUGGUAAAUAACCUCACUCACAGCAUCCAGUACAGUCGCAAGACCCUGUUCGUCUUGACGGAGGGCUACGUUAAGACCGGGGUUUUCAAACUGGCAAUGUAUCUGGCCCACCAAAGACUGCUUGAUGAGAACCUGGAUGUGAUUGUGCUGCUGAUGCUGGAGCCCGUCCUGCAGCACUCUCACUUUCUGCGCCUGAGGAGGAGGCUGUGUGAGAAAAGUGUUGUGGAGUGGCCGAGAACAGCUGCUGCUGAGCCCUGGUUUUGGCAAAACCUGAGGAAUGUGGUCAGAGUGGACAACAAGUUGAUGUACAACAAGAAAUAUUCAAAAUACUUCACCAGCAAGUGAGCCAAUGACUGGGACAGAUCUGUAUAAAUGUGGACAAUUAUAUUGGGAAUAUGUUCAACUGUUGCUCUGAUAACAUGGUCCUUCACAACUGUUACCACUCUCCUUGGGCCUUAAAUGAAGACAAAUAAAUACCUUUGAUAUUUUUUAUCUGUAUUUAAAAUGAUAGGCUACUUCAUGUCUUGCUAUUACCCUGUGUAAAUACAUAUGUGUGCCUGUCUGUUAUCUGGUCUCUAUCUAACUUAAACAAAUAUGUCAAAGAUCAACCAUAAAAAAGGGCAAAAAUGUACCGCAUUAUCCUCUUUUUAAGUUAUUGGUCAUUGGUCUAGCCUCCAGAGAAAAAAACCUCAGAAACUCAAAACAAAAAUUGUUGAAAUGUGCUUAACCAAAACUCUCAGCAAUUGUAUGAAUUGUAAAUUCACAUUGGACGUUUGUCUGACACCGUUAUACUAUGGAUGCAUAUUGAUUUAUUUAAACAAUAUGUAAAUAUAGCAGAUACACAUACCUGCAGGUCCUCAUCUACACUUCCUGGUUUUCACUUUGUUUGUCCGCAAGGUGUCGCCGCUUGAUAACUUCUCUGUAUGCAUGUAAGGCUGUAAUAGUGCGCUUUAUGCAAGUUAAACCUAAACGAGUAAACCCAUUGUCUCAUUCAUCACUUUUUUAACUACAUUUUAUUCGCUUUGUGGCAGAAAUGAACACCUGCUGUAUGCUAUAACGCCUUCUUUAAUGACAGGAGAAAACCGAUGGGUGAUUUCAUUCACCUAAUCUGAUGCAGGUGGUCGCAGUGUUUCCUCAAAUACAUUCACGCACGUCACUGAUUUAAAAUACAGUUUCAGCCUAUGGAUAGGUUUGGUACUUUUGUUUGUUAAAGAAAAAUCAUAUUAUUAAAAAGCAGGCUUAAGAGACAGUGGACGUGACGUCAGAAGAUGAUUUGCAUACUGCGCAGUAUUUAUAGUGGGAUUGACGCUACAGCCAUCAUUACGCUCCUGCGCCACCCAGACGAGUAUCUAACUGUCUCUCAGACUAAAACUAAGAGCCUCUGCAGAUAUGGCUGACAAAGCGGAUCUCUCAGGAGUAACAACCUUCGACAAGACCAAGCUGAAGAAGACGGACACCGCUGAGAAAAACACCCUGCCAACCAAAGAAACCAUCGAUCAGGAGAAGUCAACAUAAUGAAGACUAGUCCUCCUGUACAUUUCACAAGCCUUGCCUUUUUUUCGGUUCAAAAAAUGGGUAGAUGUCUCUCUGUACAGCAAGGAAGCGUGGCCUGGCGUCGGCAUGGGUUCCUGAUCAUCUGUUGUGGAUAAGUGCAGAAGUGUCAUGAAACAACUGAGGGACAGACACUUUCUGAUUUGUAUCCCUUUUCUGCCCACUUUUAAAUGCUCUUGUAGCAAGCUGUGUGUUCUUUGGUAACAAAAUCUGGAUGCACAUGUUUGUUAAAUAUGCAAAAUAAAACAUGUUAACUGAC